AGCAGAAGAAAGGAAUGUGAUGAUUGCCACAGCUUUUGCUGACUGAGCAUGUUCAAAAACAAGGAGCAUUCGUUUAAAAAGGAUAACUUAGCAAUCACUGCAGUUGCCUUACAAGAUCAUAUUUUAAAUGAUCUUCAACUUGGAAAUCUGUCAGUUGUGGGCCACUCCAAGACAACAAUACAAAAGAAAGAAAACAGAUUAAAAUCUGUAAAGAAAGAAGCAAAAGCAAUGAUAGAUACUGGACUUAAAAAACAUACACAGGUCCCGAAAGUGGAAGACCCAGAAAAAGAGUAUGUUCUUGAUCCUACUCCACCACCCCUGACUUUAGCGCAGAAGCUGGGCCUCUUGGCGCCUCCGCCAUUACCACUGUCUGCACAAGAAUGGGAGAGAGUGAAGCAGAGAUCUGUCCUGCAUGGGGACUCCAAGCAGCCAUGCCCAAUCUGCAAAGAGGAAUUUGAGCUCCGCCCCCAGGUGCUGCUCUCCUGCUCUCACGUAUUCCACAAGGCUUGCCUUCAGGCUUUUGAAAAGUUCACAAAUAAAAAAACGUGUCCUCUCUGUAGAAAGAACCAGUAUCAAACCAGAGUGAUCUACGACGGGGCACGUCUGUUCAGAAUAAAGUGUGCCACAAGAAUCCAAGCCUGCUGGAGAGGCCACGUUGUUAGGAAGUGGUAUCGAAACCUGAGGAAAGUAGUGCCCCCCAAGGACCCCAAGCUCAGGAAGAAGUUCUUGGAAGAGAAGUUCGCAGAAAUCAGUCACCGCCUCCUGUGCUCGUACCACAACAACCUGGACGAGCUCUUCUCCGAAAUCGACCACUGCCUGGCCAUCAACCGAAGCGUUCUUCAGCAGUUGGAUGACAAGUGUGGCCACGAGAUCACAGACGAGGAGUGGGAGAAAAUCCAAGUGCUGGCUGCCCAGCGGGAGAUCUGCGAGUGUUCCAUCUGCCUGACUCCUCUGGCCCACGACGGCGGCUACCAGCAAGCAGCCGCGGGGCCCAGCGGAGGCCAGCGGCCCCGAGAGACCGUCCUCCUGUCCUGCGCACACCUCUUCCACCACACCUGCCUGCUGGCCCUGGAGGAGUUCUCCCUGGGAGACAGCCUGCCUUUCCAUGCCUGUCCUCUCUGCCGCUCCUGCUACCAGAAGAAGAUUCUUAAGUGGUAA